UUACUAUGGUAUAAUUCACGUAUAAUUCAAUCAUAAUUAUAUACUCUAACCAAAAAAAAACAACCGUAGAUAAUGAAAAUUUAUUUGUAAGAUUGUUUCAAGAGAUUCUAUAUAAUUAAUGAUGUCGUUGGUGCUGGUGCUGGUACUGGGUCCUACUGUUGAGAAUAGUGAGUUAGGUUCAAAAUCUACUAGGGCAAGUGUUGCAUGUAAUUUAUGUCGAGAGACAAAGUUGAAAUGUUUAAAUAAUAAUGAUAAUACAAGAUGUCAAAGAUGUACAUUAUUAGAUCUUGAUUGUUCGUAUACUUUGAAGAAAAGUCAAUUGAAGAAAAGAAAACUAUCAAAACAUUAUUUACCAUCUAAUGAUAAUUCAAUUCCAAAAUCUCAAGUAAAAGCUCCAGGUUUGAAUUUAAAAGCUCCUAUCCUCACUGUAAGUGAAAGUAAAGAUUCAAUAAAUUCUUUGAAUGAAAAUAAUCGUAUCGAUAAUGUUGAUGAUAUUUCAAACCUUCGAAAUAAACCAUAUUAUUCAAUUAUUCUACCUGAUAGAUCUACCAUCCUAGAAGUGGCUGAAAUCUAUUUUGAAAAUCAAUAUAAAGGAAUUUUUCCUCAUCUACAUAAACCUUCCAUAAUAUCAUUUAUAAGAUCUCCAGAGUUUAAUCCCAAAAGUUAUAUCAUAGACUAUUAUAAUGACAAGUUUGAUACUUGUUAUACAUCUUCAUUGAAAUAUCCUGAUCCCGUAAUCUUAUUAGCCAUCCUAGCUUUAUGUGCAAGAUUACAUCCUGAUAUGCCAAAAAUGUAUGGUGAAUUUUCAGAAGAUAAAUCUCCUCAAUUAUAUAUCCCUAAUCUUUCCAAUAUAAGAAAUCAAACUCCUAUAGAUAAUGAUAAUAAUCAUGCUGCUUCAAAUGCUUCAAAUUAUUUUGGUUGGCAUGCUAGAAAUAUCUUAAAAGAAGUAUUUGAUAGUCCAACCAUUCAAAGAGUACAAGCAUUAACCAUUCUAAGUAGUCAUGAAUGGGGUGAAGGUUGUAGUUCAAGAAGUUAUUUAUAUGUUGGUAUUGCUGCUCGAAUGGUUUUCUUACUUGGGUUAGGUACUGAAAAUGGUUUAUUCAGUAAAGAAGAUGAAGAAAAAAAUUUGGAUGAAGCAGCAAAGUUUAUUUGUAUUGAAAGUAAAAGAAGAACUAUGUGGGCGGUUUACAUGAUGGAUAGAUGUAAUUCAAGUGGUAGAAAUCGUCAUUCUUGUGUAAGAUUAGAUGAUAUUCAAGUAAAAUUACCUUCAACAGAAAAGGAUUUUAUUUUCGGUAAUUAUAGACAAAAUUCUUUAACUUUUGAAGAAGCUAAUAGAUAUAUUCAUGAUCCAACCAAGAGACAUUUAUUAAAUGAUACUUCAUGCUUUGGAUUCUUAAUAAUAUUAUUUGAAACUUGGGCAAAAAUAGCUAAAUGGUGUGGUGAAACAGGAGGUAAAUUAGAAAAAUUAUUACCUUGGGAAAAAGAUUCUCCUUAUUAUAUACUCUCAAAAGAGUUGGAUACAUUUAGAGACAGUUUACCUGUACAUUUACAAUUUAAUCAUUUUAAUUUAGAAGCUCAUAUAGCUGAUGGCUCAGCUGCUGAUUUUAGUUAUUUCCAUGGUUUAUUCUUCUUAUGCCGUAUUUUCCUUAAUAGAGAGUAUUUCUUUUGUACUCCAUUCUCUUUCCCAGAUGGUUGGUGGGAAAAUGAAACUAGAGUAUUAUUAGAGACUUUAGAUGAAUUAACAUAUAUCACAAGGACUUUAAAACCAAUUAAUAUGAUGGUAAUAGCUCCCUUUACUGGAUUUCAAGUUUUUACCGUCGCAGCUACAAGUUUAUAUUUUAAUGCUUUUCCAAAAAAAUUCCUUUUACAAAAUUUUCCAUUACAAAAACCUACUGCAAAUGAUAGAUUGAUAAUUGAAGUUGAUAAUUUGAAAACUAAAUAUAAAGAUUUGGCUGAUGAAACUCUUGGUAAUUUAAAAACUUGGAGAAAAGUUUGGGGGUUAGGAAAUGGUUGGUACACAACGAGUCUUAAGUUGCAAAAAAUGUUUGCUACUGUCGCAAAAGAAAAUUCAUCAGCUGUUCAAGAUGAUGAUUUACGUCAUUCAAUGCAUGAUUAUGGUAAUGGUAAAGUUGGUGAAGUGUUUAAACCAGAAUAUACUAGAGAUAAAAAAGAUAUGAACAUUCUGAGUUUGUUAAUUCCGGAGCAUGAUAAGAAUUCUCCAAAGCCAUAUCUUAAACAUACUCCAACUCCAUUUACACAUACAUUAGCUGAAGAUGUAGGCGUAUCAAGUGAAGUUAGUUCGCCUUCACUUGAUUUUAUUAAUAAUUUUGAUUUAUCCAAUAUAUUUCCAGGUUGGGGUGAUGCAACUAAAAUAUAAAGAGUACUUUACACUAGGAAUUAUAGAUCUAUAUUUAUA